UAAAGCAACUGCACGGCUGCGUAGACGUUCCACUGAGCAUGCAUAUCUAACACAAGCAGCACAUUCACCGGACGCGAAUAACAACGCAAAUAAUAACAAUUUACCACAACCGCCACUACGUCGUUCCCCACGCUUUAAAUCAAAAAAACAAUUACAACAGCAGAUUGCUUCUUCUUCGGCUGAUAACAUUUCCCUUCAAAAAAACUCUAUUUCGACGCUUCGAUCGAGAAAUAACAUAAAACCAGUUAAUCAAGCCUCAUUGACAUCUUCACCAUUAUUUUCUUC